AUGUCGCAGAACGGGAAGCUGAUCCCACCGAAUAUGGAUCAGAACAGUACGAGGCUCCUCAAUCUCACAGUUCUCCAGCGACUCGAUCCUUUCAUUGAGGAAAUCCUCAUCACCGCCGCUCAUGUCACUUUCUACGAAUUCAACAUCGAGAUCAGUCAAUGGAGUCGUAAGGAUGUUGAAGGAUCUUUGUUUGUUGUCAAAAGAAAUAAACAACCACGAUUUCAGUUUAUCGUGAUGAAUCGUCGAAAUACAGAUAAUCUGGUGGAAGAUCUGCUGGGAGAUUUUGAGUAUGAAGUCCAAGGUCCUUAUUUACUCUACCGUAAUGCGUCUCAAGAAGUGAAUGGCAUUUGGUUCUACAAUAAACGCGAAUGUGAGGAGGUUGCUCGUCUUUUCGACAGAUUACUUAGUGCUUAUUCCAAGGCAAACCAGAAGCCAAAUACGUCAUCUUCGAAAAGCGAGUUUGAGGAAUUGGAAGCUGUGCCUACAAUGGCAGUUAUGGAUGGUCCUCUUGAACCAUCUUCUACUGCUAGGGAUGCCCCUAACGAUCCUGCUUUUGUCAACUUCUUCAGCUCAGCGAUGAAUCUUGGUAACACUUCGAGUGGACCAGCAAGUGGACAACCGUACCAACAACCAUCAGCAAUUCCACUGCAACCUCACCAACCCACCAAUUCCCCUCCUGCAGCGACAGCUACACCUCCACAGAUAUUAUCACCACCACCUCUACAAUCCUCCUCUCCUAUGAUGCCUCUCUUUGACAACAAUCCUGAUCUUAUCAGCAGUAUGUCCAAUGUUCACACGAAUCUGGUGACGCCGUCCUCGGUCUUUGGUCCUCCUCGGAUGAUGCCACAACCACACCUCAUUCCUGGUUCAUCUAUUCCCACUACGCCUCCUCUGAACCUUAAUAACACUACUCACCAGCAGCGUCCAUAUGGUACUCCGAUGCUCCAGCCAUUCCCACCACCUACUCCACCAGCAUCACUCGCUCCUGCACACAGUGGCCCUGUUAUCAAUAGAGACAAAGUCAAAGAAGCCCUGUUAGCUCUGGUUCAGGAGAAUGAAUUCAUCGACAUGGUGACCCGAGCUUUACAAAAUGCACAUCAACCGUGA